AUGCGCCGAGAAGAGAAUGUUCCCACACACAGGCAGCAACGUGAAGAUCGUGAGCGACGAGAGGAACGAAACGAUCUCCAGCGAGAGAAACAAAGCGAUCUACGACGAGAGGAACAAAGCAAUCUCCGGCAAGAGGAACGUGAUUUAUCGCGAAGAGAAAAUCGAGAAUCUCAUGAAAAUUUGCGAGAAAAUCGAGAAGUCGGUGAACGACGAGAGGAACGAAGCGAUCUUCGACGAGAGGAACGCGAUUUAUCUCGUAGAGAAGAUCGAGAAUCCCAUAAAAAUUUUCGACGAGAAGAGCAUGGUCUCACCCGCAGGCAAGUACGAGAAUCUCGUGAACGACAAGAGGAGCAAGUAGAUCGAAUGGAUAGGCGGUUGAGUCUAGAAGAUAUGCGACGAGAUGAGAAUGCUCCCACUCACAGACAACAGCGAGAAGAUCGUGAACGACGAGAGGAGCGAAACGAUGACCAACGAGAGAAACAAAGCAAUAUACGACGAGAGGAACAAAGCAAUCUCCGACAAGAGGAACGUGAUUUAUCGCGAAGAGAAAAUCGAGAAUCUCAUGAAAAUUUGCGAGAAAAUCGAGAAGUCAGUGAACGACGAGAGGAACGAAGCGAUCUUCGACGAGAGGAACGUGAUUUAUCUCGUAGGGAAGAUCGAGAAUCCCAUGAAAAUUUACGACGAGAAGAGCAUGGUCUCACUCGCAGACAAGAACGAGAAUAUCGUGGGGGACAAGAGGAGCAAGUAGAACGAGUGAAUAGGCGCUUAAGUCGAGAAGAUGUGCGCCGAGAAGAGAAUGCUCCCACACACAGACAACAGCGAGAAGAUCGUGAGCAGCGAGAGGAACAAAGCGAUUUACAUAGAGAGCACCGUGUUAUAUCUCGUGAAGAAGAUCGAGAAUCUCAUGAAAAUAUGCGAAGAGAAGAACAUGAUCUCAUACGCAGACAAGAACGAGAAUAUCGUGAGCGACGAGAGGAGCAAGAAGAGCGAGUGAAUAGGCGGUUGAGUCGAGAAGAUAUGCGACGAGAUGAGAAUGCUCCCACUCACAGACAACAGCGAGAAGAUCGUGAACGACGAGAGGCAAACGAUCACCAACGAGAGAAACAAAGCAAUAUACGACGAGAGGAACAAAGCAAUCUCCGACAAGAGGAACGUGAUUUAUCUUUUAGAGAAAAUCGAGAAUCUCAUGAAAAUUUGCGAGAAAAUCGAGAAGUCGGUGAACGACGAGGAGGAACGAAGCGAUCUUCGACGAGAGGAACGUGA